CUAAACAAUCCCAAAUUGAAAAAAAAAGCACGCAAGAGAAUUCAAAGUUUAAUUUCAAUUCUCCUCCCUUUUUCAAUAUCAAGGAGGAAUAGGUGGGAUAUAACGCUCAAUAGGAAAUUUUUCACCGUUCAACAAGAUUCUUUUCUAAAGUAAACACUCAUACAUACCUUCACAGGUACACCUGUAAAAAUUACAACUUUAAUAUAUUUACCGUUAAAUUUGUCGAUUUCAAACAUUCAAAAAGCUACAUUAUCACCAUCCUAUCCUAACACAUAGGGUAAAAAACUAAAAACUAAAUAGGGUUUUUUGCUUUUUAUAAUGGAGUUGGGGAAGAACAAUUUCAAUUUUAAACCCUCACUAGCUUAUUUUGUUCACCCCCUCGUCUCACGUAGGGUCAAGCAAAAGGAAAAAACACACAGACUUUUCCGGAAAAACAGGACAAAACAAAACAAAGCAAAAAUCAUCUUACAAAAAAAUUUUAAAAAAAAAAUGAAAUUAAAAAGAGCAAAUUAAGCCAAAAGCUAGCAACCUGAGUUUUUAUGCUACUGUUCUAAAAGAGUAAGUACUAUUUGUUCUGCUUCUCUUUGGAGACUGUGACUAUGUUAUCUUCUUCCAUUUUCUCUCUCCUCUAUCUUAAAACCUUAACCAUGAUAUUUUGAUCAUCGCUUUUUAUUAUUAUUAUUAUUAAUAUUAUUAUUUCAGUCACUAUUAUUUUAGAUUAUGAUUGAAAUUUUCAUAGAUUUCCUAUGUUCCCCACAUAACAUAAAUCCCACAAUUAUAUCAACAUACUUCAAUUCUUACAUAGUACUAAAUUUAGAUCAAUUUUCUUUUUGAAUACAAUUUAACCAAAAUUAAGUUGAAAAAAAAAAAAAAAAAAACCCACAAACCUUAUCUUCAAAACAAUCUACAAUAGUAAAUCUUAGAUCUUAUAUUAUCCCACCACCCCAAUGAUAAAACCACACCACCAUGCGUUACCUGUCUCCGCAUAUGUAUCAGUAUCCGUUGUUAUUAUUAUUAUUAUAUAAAAAUGCACGAAUAGAAUCGUGACAUAUAUAUAUAUAUAGCUAGAAUGGUGGGUUAGUUCAUUCGAUCGAUGCUAAUAGUAGUAGUAGUAGUAAUAGCCGCAAAGUAGUAGUGCAAAUUUAGAGAAAAAUAUAGUAAUAAAUUGUGGAUGAUGAGAUCCUCAAGUGGAGGAAGUAGUAGUACUAAUACAAGUUGUCAAGAUUGUGGAAACAAAGCAAAGAGAGAUUGUGAACAUAUGAGGUGCAGAACUUGUUGUAAGAGUAGAGGUUUUCAAUGUGCUACUCAUGUUAAAAGUACUUGGGUUCCGGUUGCUCGAAGGCGUCAAAAGCAGCAACAACAACAACAACAUCAUCAACACGGCCGCCUCGCCUCGUCGAAUACUAUGGAUCAUUAUAAUCAAUACCUUCCUUUACCUCUUUCUCUAUCAAACAUUCAUCAUCAUAGCCCUACUUCUGCUGGGCUAGAAGGGGGGAAUUUUCCGGCAGAAGUGAAUUCCUCGGCGACUUUUCGAUGCAUUCGGGUUAGCUCAGAGGAUAAUGUGGUAGAUCAAUAUGCUUAUCAAACCUCAAUUACCAUAGGAGGGCAUGUGUUCAAAGGGGUACUCUAUGAUCAAGGCCCCACCACCGCAAGACGCGGUGGUGAGGCCUCAUCGAUCGCCACGAGCGAUCACCACCCGUUCAAUAUCACGGGUACCGCCACCUCCAUGGCGGCCGGGACACAUCCAAAUAUAUACCACCCUGCAUCCCUAUAUUCUGCUCCUAGCUUCAAUGCUUUCUUGCCUGGUAUGCAGUUCUUCCCCCAUCCAAGGCCUAAUUAAUUAAUUAAAUUAGUGUAAUUAAGAUUAAAAUUAGUUUUUUUGUUAAAUUGAUUUUUCUCCUCCUGCAAAAUAAUUAAUAACAAUUAAAUCUUAUUAUAUUAUGUUUAUGUUGUCUUUAAGCUAGAGCAUAUAAGACAAUUUAAGGACAGAUGAGAGACAUUACCCAAUUUGUUAAUAAUUCCAAUGGCCAAAUUAUUUGAUCUUGUCUCUCUAAUGUCUUAAUCUUUAUUAAUUUUCAAUUAUAUUUAAUAAAAUUGUUAGUUAUCUUUUGUUGGGGAUCUGUUGUAUAUUAUGUAUGUUUAUGUUUUAAUUAAUAUGUACUUUGAAUAUAAUAUAUGAUCUUGUUAGCUUUGUUGAUAGAUUUUGCAGUGUUUGUCUUCUUCUUUUAAUUAAUUCUUGUUGUUUAAUUUAAUUAAGGGUGCUUUCUUUCUUGUGAUGAGCUCAAUGUCAAUCUUUAAUUAGCUAAUGAAUUGAUUAUGUUUUGUUAAUCUUCUCCUAAGCAUACUUUUUGCCCCUUCUUAUCUGUUUCGUUGGCGGGAUUAGAAUAAUGCAAUUGUGGUUUAAAUUAAUUAGUACAUGUAUGAUUGUAUAAUUAGAUUUAGGCUUAGAAUACUGGCUUUUGUUUAUUUGUCCUUAAUGCAUGCAUUUCCACCUGAUCAUAUUGGUAAAGCAAGCAUCAUUUCGAAGAACCUCUUCUUUUCAUACACAUGUAAGAGAACAAUAAUCGUACUUAAUUAACAAGUACGAUUUCAUUUCUUAAUAAAACUUAGGAUAUUAUAUGAAGAGGUCUUCCUAGAAGGUUUGUUCACCUAAGGAUUUUCGAGGGUAUGUCGUAGCGAGUUGUGAUUAUUAAUGAGAUUUGGAGCGAUUUGUGUUUGCAGUUUGCUCAACUAAUAAGAUAGAACUCGAUUAAGAAAUAAAGUACUUAAUAAAAGGGAUCAUGUACUCGAUUCAUACUGGAGAAAUGAAGAACAAGCUAGCUAUACAAUAUAAUAAGGAAGCAUUAGGUUAAAUUGUCAAAUGCGAAUUUACAUAGUAAAUAACCUAGACUACUGUUAGAAUUACUUUUUCCUUUGUGAUUAGCUAAUUAUUAGAAGUAUUUGCUAGUGUAAUCAAUAAUAAUCAUGUAUAGACUCACAAGUUCAGCUUUUUGUACAAAAGAAAAACUACUGUUAGAAUUAGACUUGUACAAGUACAAGGUAAGAUUCAAGAUACUCAUCUUAACCAAUCCCUCCAUAAUUUCACCUAACAUCAAGAGAUAUUCUUCUCUGAUGCUAUGUUACUCAGACUCGGCUAUAAUUUUUAUUAAACAUGGUCAUGUUUAAGUCUAUUUUAUGAAGAUGCCUAGGUUUUUUGAAAUAAAGAUUAAAAUAGGUUGUCUUACAGUUUGGUUUCUGUAAUGCCUCCAUUCUAGAAUCCAUGCUUAUGGUUUAUUGCAUUAUGCAUUUGUUAUUUAACUAACUACUUAUCUAUAUCAUACCAGAGAUCAUAAUCAUCAUUUUUCUAAGUUCGUUCUUUUAUGUUAGUGUGUGUCUGAAUCUGCCUUUCUCUUGAUGCACAUCUAGCACCUAGAAUUUAGUUCACACUUCUUUGUCAUGACUUGAAUUACACUAUCAAUGUGACUAUUAGAGGUUGUAUAUUAUAAGGGGAGAUCAGCAAUAUGAAACCUAUCAUGUUGCAAGUCUCUCAUAGUGUGAAGGGAUGUCUCACAUAUUUUUGGCCAUAUUUGAAUUUGCUCAAACAUGACAAGAUGAGUAUUGUUUUAUGUCCCCCCAACUAAGUCCUUAAUUUCUUUUAUGUUAGGCAACUUUCAUGAAACCGGGCCAUAAUAUAAUUUUAUUUAAACUACAGAUGCUGAAAAUUAGCAAAUAAAGAAUAAUUGCAUUUCUUUUAGGUAUCACCCUUAAAGUUUUGGACAUAUUUUUGUGACUUAGCUAAAAUUCUCAAAAAUAAGCAAGAAUAAGUGGGCAUCUUGUAACUUUGUUGGGUAGUACAAAGACUUUUUUAAAUAAACCCUAGAUUAAAAAUUCUUUUUCAAUAAAGAGACUUUACAUUACACUCAAUUAUGAAAAUAAAAAGAUUGAUACCCUUAAGUGACACAAAUUACCUUUAAAGGAAUAUAUCCUUUGUACUUAAAGAUGGAAAAAAUUCUUGCAUUUUCGAAUAUCGACUCACCUAAUUAUUAUUAUUAAUCUUAAGCUUACCUUAGUGACAUUUACUUGUUGAUUAAAGUUUACAAAUCCUUUUUCCUCAUUAGGAAAAAGGUUGUGGGAUCGAUUGAAGUACGUCGUUAUUAGUUUAAUUAGAUUAUGGCAAUUGUGGACAUGAUUAAGCUUUCCUAGUUAAUUAAUUAUAGAUGAUGAUGUUUCAUGAUGCAUUUAAAGCACCUGAUCUUCGCAUAACAAUGUUCUUAAUGCUUUCUUAAAAGGAGGAUAUCACUAACUCAAUGAGUUGUACUAUGUCUUUUGAUAGAUACAUCCUCUUUUUCUUGCAUUUCCACCAUACUUCCUCUACUAAAGACUAAAGAGCCUUCUUGGAGCUUUCUCUUAAAAAGAUGUGCAUUAAUGUUACUCUUCACUUUAGUUGACAUUUUCUUAAUCUUUGAUUAAUUACUCAUCUUAUGGAAUGUGGAAUAAUAAAUGAAUAAUUGCUUUUGUUGCUAAUGUUUAAUUUGUUUUAAAAAGUUACACCAAAGUAUAGAAAUAAAUGAGGCUCAUUUUGAAACAUGACUCAAUAUUUCAUGUAUUGAUGUGUUACUUUGUUGCUUCUAUAUUAGACUUUUAGUCAAGAAUUUGACUGUUAAUAAAAACUCAUGUAGUCAUGUGUCUUUUUGGAUUGUACUUAGUUAAUAUAUACUCGUAGGAACAUAAUUUGGAAUUGAAAGAUCGGUUUUCCGGCCUAAUAUGAUUAAAUUGUUUACUUAGCUUGCUAACUAUGUUGUUAAGUUGUAGUGAUUAGUGAACUACAUAAAAAGUUAUGAUUUCACUACUUAUAAAAUUUCAUAAGAUGUACGGAGUAUAAUUGCUUAUAUUCAACCAUAUGACCAUCGAAUUGGCUUAUCGUUUGUGAGAUAAAUAACGAUGUCUUAAGUUUAAACCGUAUAUACAGUAUUUGUUUUUUUCAUGAUAUAUGUAUUGUAUGUAUUAGUAUUAUUUUUAAAGUAAUUUAAGUGUUGGCUGAGUGAAAUCUGCUGUAAAUUAAUCUGUAUUAUGUUGCUAUGCCACUUUAUUAUACUCAUUUUUUUUUAAAAAGAAAAGAUUAAAAAAAAAAAAAAAAAGCAAAUUUUGGUGUUAAGCCGCAAACUAUGGAGAAAAAGCAAAGAAACCUAUUUAUGAACACUACAACUCUACAGUACUGCAUCAAUUUCUUAGAUUUUGAUGAUGAAUGAUGAUGUUACCGGACAUUAAAUUGCAUACUGUUUGUUCAUUGGCUCAAACAUGUUGAAUGUCAUUCAUAGGAAUAUUGAUUUAUUGGGUAUUAUCUACUGAUUUAUUAGUUAAAAUUUUGCGUUAUUCUAUUACACUUUGUGUUAUGACUUCAUGCACAUAAUGUGAUCAUGUCACUUCCACAUUUUAUGGAAUUGGUAUGUGGAGUGCAUGAAAUCAUGGGUACUGAAAAAGUUAAAUUGAUAGAAUUUUGGAUGUUAGUUUGUCUAAUUUUAGGCCCCUUGAAUUGGGUAAAUCUGUGAUUAUUCUAUGGUUGCAUUAAUCAUAUAUCUUGUGGAUCAUUAGUACCGUAUUUAAUGUUGGAUAAUAUUCCUCAUUAUUAGAGUUUGCUAAAGGAGAAUUUACAAGAAAGAAGAGAAAAAGAAUAAGAGGAAUAAAAGGAGAGAAAAAGAAGGAGAAUAGUAGCAAAAUAAGAAAUAAUCAAUGGCAAAUUAUAUAACGAUAAUUUGCAUCAUUAGUUAUUUAGAUAUAGGCUGAUUAUAAAUAUGUAAUCAGAUUACGUGUUAAUUGUAAAUUGAGAUAGAAUUUGUAUCACAUUAUUUUUGAUAAAUAGAAACACGAUUUAAAUUUGAGAGUAUACCAUCGAAUAUUAUUUUAUAAUUUAUAAACACUUUGUGAGUUAAUCUAUUAUAUUAUAGAGAUAUUUGUUACUUAUUUUGUUUAUAUACAAAGGGAAAGUAAAUAUUAUUUCCGCUGCAAGAUUAUUUGUAAUCUUUUCCAAUAUUUAAGUUAUCGUGUGGCAAAAUUUUAAGAGGUAGUAUUCACGGGGUUUGUUGUCGUUUGUAAUCUUUGUAUCAUAGCACUGCCUAGUGGAUCCUUGUGUAGCCAAAUAGCAAAUCUUGAUUAGUACGGAGUAUAGAAGUUUUGUUUUAUGUAGUUCCUUAAAUGGCUAUUGGCUAAUGAUUAUACAAUUAAAGAAUCCUUUUUUUUUUUUGUUUUUUUUGAGAUGAUUAUUAAUCCCUUCAACACAUACCGAGCUAAAGUAUGUAAUGCGAUGUAGCAAAUAACUUAAUGUAAGUAUGGAGGGAAAAUUUACUUAUAACUACUACUGAUAGAGAUCAUAGGAUACAACCAAUUUUGGUAGGUAUAUAAAUAACUAUAUACAAGUAUUGGACAAAGGUAAUGAUAAAGUGUCAUGUAUAAUCAUGAUUGUUAUGUUAACAUAUGUUGUCUACUUUCCAAUUUUGGAUAGCAAAUGGACAACCAAGGGCAAACAUGCAUGUAGAUAGGUUUUUAUUCCAAAAAUCGGGUAUCAAAGGAUCCACAUUUUACAACUUUAAAGACAGGUAAUUACCAUGUAUAUUAUGGUGAAAAAUGUAAUACUCCCUCCAUUCUUGAAAGUUUGACUCACUUUGCAUUUGCGCGGUCUCCAAAAACAUC